AUGUCGGCACGGUUGCACGCUGUCCUCCCCGGGGCUGCUUUGGGCAGGCAAGGGAGGAGCAGGCAGCACCGGCACCGGCCUCCAGCACCGCGGCGGCUUCCCGCAGCCCUCCUCUGCCGGGGACAGGGACCGGGGGUGUGCUGGCUCGCUCCCGAGCAGACGGCGGGGAAGCAGAAGCCCUACAUGUACACGCAAGGCCAGGCCGUCCUCAACAGGUCCUUCUUCCCCUGCUUCGACACCCCCUCCGUCAAAUGCACCUACUCGGCCACCGUGAAGGUCCCCGAGGGUUUCACGGCUGUGAUGAGUGCCACGAGCUGGGAGAAGCAGAAGGAUAACACCUUUGUCUUCAAGAUGUCCCAGCCGAUCCCAUCGUACCUGAUCGCUCUGGCUGUCGGGGACAUUGUGUCUGCUGACGUUGGCCCAAGGAGCCGUGUCUGGGCCGAGCCCUGCCUGAUCGAGGCUGCAAAGAAGGAGUACGAUGGGGUGAUUGAGGAGUUCCUGACGGUUGGAGAGAGGCUCUUUGGACCUUAUGUUUGGGGCAGGUAUGACAUCCUGUUCAUGCCGCCCUCCUUCCCUUUCGGCGGGAUGGAGAAUCCCUGCCUCACCUUUGUGACACCGUGCCUGCUGGCCGGGGACCGCUCCCUGGUGGACGUCAUCAUCCACGAGAUCUCCCACAGCUGGUUUGGCAACCUGGUCACCAACGCCACGUGGGGCGAGUUUUGGCUGAACGAGGGCUUCACCAUGUACGCCCAGAGGCGCAUUUCCACCGAGGUCUACGGUUUGCCGUACACCUGCCUGGAGGCUGCGACGGGAAGGGCCCUCCUGCGCCAGCACAUGGACAACACGGGGGAGGACCACCCGCUCAACAAGCUGCGGGUGGUCAUCGAGCCAGGUGUCAAUCCCGAUGACACGUACAACGAAACACCCUACGAGAAGGGGUACUGCUUCGUCAGCUACUUGGCCCAUCUCGUGGGGGACCAGAGCAAGUUCGAUGCCUUCCUCCAGGCCUACGUGAACCGGUUCAAGUUCCAGAGCAUCACAGCAGACGACACCCUUGGCUUCUUCCUGGAGUACUUCCCAGAGCUGAAGGAGAAAGGCGUGGACUCCAUCCCAGGCUUUGAGUUCGACCGCUGGCUGAACACGCCGGGCUGGCCCCCCUACCUGCCCGACCUCUCGCCUGGGGAGCAGCUGAUGAAGCCGGCAGAUGAGCUGGCAGAGCUCUGGGCAGCUGAUGGCUUGAACAUGGAGGCGAUCGAAGCCGUGGACAUCACGGCCUGGAGGACGUACCAGCUGGUCUACUUCCUGGAUCAGGUCCUGCAGAAAUCCCCCCUGCCAGAAGGCAACGUGGAGAGGCUGAGCAAGAUGUACCCCAAGAUCUCCAAGGCCCAGAAUGCCGCGCUGCGACUCCGCUGGUGGCAGAUCAUCCUCAAGAACCCGCCGGAGCCGGGGAGGAGGCUGGGGGUAACCCCCGCUCUGUCCCUGCAGGGGAAGCAGAAGUACACCCUGCCCCUCUACCGUGCCAUGUGGGGCGGCUCGGAGUCAGCCCGGGCCCUGGCCAUGGAGACCUUCUCAGCUACGGCCCCCCAGCUCCAUGUCACCGUCCAGAGCUACGUCAAGAAGAUCCUGGGCUUGGAGGUGGCGGAGGACUAG